AUGUUCAAAAAAAUUACACAAACACAAUUCAUCUAUUCACUAUUUUCUUUUAUUUUACUUCUUUCUUUCACAUCGUUUAUUAUUUUUAUUUGGAAAAAUACAGAUCCGCAAAAAGAAAAUCUCAAAUCAUUAGUUUUCAGUAUAUUGAAAAUUGAAAAGAAUCAAACUAAUCAACAGCACUACUUUAAUGUUAGCAAUUUCGAGAAUAAUUCAAUCUCCUCGACAUCAGCAAGACCUUUACUGUCAGAAAAUAAUAAACAUACUUUAACUGUUACAGAUUUACGAUUUAUUCAUCAUAAUAAAACAUUAGAAACUACGAUUGAAUGUGUUGGUUCAUUAUAUAAUCAAUCUUGUUUGUAUCAUAAUUUAUAUUAUGUUGAUAAUUGGUUUAUGAUUUUAACAGUAAAAGGAAAACAGUUACCUACAUAUUCUGUACGAACUAAUGCAUUUAUACUAUGGCCUACAACGCCAAAUAAACGUGUUUUUGAUUCAUAUUAUGAUCUUGAAAAAUUUGUUCGUACUACGAUUGAUCCAAGAAUACUUCCAUCUGUUACUCUUUAUUUUGGUCAACCUUGGCAUCAUAAUAUUGGUCAUGCACUAUUCGAUGGACUUUAUUCAGCAUAUGUUGCACUUAUUCGUUUUCCUCCAAGACAUCUGCAACCUUUUCGCAUUCUUGCUGGAGUAAGUGACUGCAAAGUAUGUUGGAGUGAAGAUGUUUAUAGUCGUUUUGGUGGCCUUGGACUUAUAAAACUAAACGUUCUAAAUAAUAUGUCAAAAGGAAACUGGUUUAUGUUUGAAGAACUUGUUAUGGGUAGUGGAACAUUUUGUCAACGUUGUACACAACCUAAUUUACAGUUACCUGGAGGUGUUGAACUAGAUGCAUCAAGACUUUUUCGUGGUAGAAUGUAUCAACAGCAUGGUCUUGUUCAUCCAAUUGUUCGACGAAAGUCCUCAUCUGAAGGACGAACUUCUCGUGAUGUUCUUCAAGCAUAUAUUAUUGACAAUAAACGUUUUACAAGUAAGGAUCGAAAAGAAAUCAACGAUGCGAUCAAUGCAAUAAAUAAUUAUACCAAUUUAUAUUUAAAUAAAACAAUUAAAUUACAAUGGCCAUUAGUUCGUGUAUCUUAUCUCUUCUAUAAUAAAGUAAGAGCUCAUACCCUUAGUUCUAUUCGAGUAAAUGCGACACCAACUGAUUCUCGAUCACCAAUAUAUGAACUAAUUGAAAAUAAUUUCAUAGCUCAACUAAAACUUUUACGUCAAAUUGAUAUUCAUAUAGCUGGACCAGGUACUGGACAAAUGUAUCAAACAUUUUUAUCAGAUGGAUCUGUAACUAUUAAUCUUGGAGGUAUAAAACCACGGGGAUUAGAAAAUUCAACAGAAGCAUAUACUUCAUAUCUUGAACAACAUAUGACAAGUGGUACACCAUAUAUCAAAGGUCUUUAUUAUCCAAUUAAUGAACGACCUAACGGUAUCAAAAAAGAUGAAAUUGUGAAAUUAAUUCGACAAGCAUCACAACUAAUUCUCGAAGGUUUUUCAUUACCAGUGAAUCCUCGAGAUAAUCUAGCAGCUGAUGGACAACUAUUUGUUGAAAUGUGUGAAAAAGAUAAAGAAUUUUGUUCUAUAGUGACAACAAGAACAUCAGGUAAAUACUAUCCUUGUAUAGAUAUGUGGGUAGAAGAUUUUGUACAUGAACACCGUCAAUGGCAAGUGGAAGAUUUGAUCAAUAAUGGUCGAAAUAUUAGUUGUCCUUAUAAUCAUUCAUUGUUACAUGAAUUAAGAAAAAAAUAUGGAAUUCUACACAAACAAACUAACAAUUCAUCAACAAACGUCACGCACAAAUCUGUUAAUUAA